CACGCACGAGACGGGUAAGUAGCCGUAACACGUUACACUUCCACGCUAGACGGCUCCACCCCAUCAACCAAAACAACCUCGAGCCAGCGACGCCCACGUCCACGGAGACCGGCACCGGCCCACGCCGACGCAGCGCUCGCCGAGUUGUCGCCAUGGCGGGAAGGCUGGUCUCCAUGCUCCGGUGGCCGCCAGAUCUCGGGGGCCUGCCUAGCCAGCUGGCCGCCCUGCUGCCGUCGCCGCCGUCGCCGACGUCAUACGCGUCCCUCCAGUGGGACUGGCGGCCGGAGCAGCUCGGCGCGGCCAUUCGGCGGUGGCCCGAGCUCGUGGCGGACGUGCCCCUCGUCGUGGACGCCGUGCUCUGGGGCGUCGUUACCGCCGUCGAGUCCGUCGCGCUCAUCUCCAUGAUGUGCUGCUUCUUCCUCUUCUGCGGCUGCACGCUGUGAGGGUCAUACUCAUACCGACGGAGGAAGGAUGCAGCUAGUUAAGCUAGUGUACUAGCUAUACUAUGUACGGUUAGCCUUUCGAUUUCUUUGUCGCCAUGCUGUGUUCAUCAUACGUUUGAUUCUGCCAAGACAUAAGACAUUGGCAUGGCAAUGCUUGCUUUAGUA